UAAGCUGACAAAAUGAGUGGACGCGGCAAAGGAGGAAAGGGACUCGGAAAAGGAGGCGCUAAGCGUCAUCGUAAAGUUCUUCGUGAUAACAUCCAAGGCAUUACUAAGCCCGCUAUUCGCCGCUUGGCCCGUCGCGGUGGUGUGAAGCGUAUCUCCGGCCUGAUUUACGAGGAGACCCGCGGUGUACUAAAGGUGUUCUUGGAGAAUGUGAUCCGUGACGCAGUCACCUACACUGAGCACGCCAAGAGAAAGACUGUGACCGCAAUGGAUGUGGUGUAUGCUCUUAAAAGGCAGGGCCGUACUCUAUACGGUUUCGGAGGUUAACUCUACUGUCUUGAUUCCAACUCAACGGCUCUUUUAAGAGCCACACAACUCGUCUUAAGAAAUAAGUGUUCCAACUUUACAGUUAGUGGCUUGGGUACACAGAACUUUGUGAAGCUGUUAAGAGUGAUAAUGAGACUCUUAAACCUUGUAACGUGAUUCUACAUACGUUUUAUGGGCUUGUUAAGGAAACGGCCGUUGUGGUUGUAAGUAACUCGUCGGGCUGGCUUCGUGCCCCAAACCAAAAUGGCGGCGCCACUAAUGUGAAGUUAACAAUGUAAAUGACUUCACCUAGCUUUCCAAAAUCCACCUUUCCUAACCUUAAAAUGACUGUCUUGUUCGUUUCUCAAUGAAACUCCAUUUCCCUGUAAAACCUAACAUUCUACUGAUUAGUUGUCUAAGGACAUAACUUUUUAAAAACAAAAUGGAGGAUGCCAUAACGCGCUGUGAUGUAGUCUCUAGAAAUGGCUUCUAAUCAGCUCCACAGAGCUGCGCUGUGUUUGUGCUGAACAUUUUCUAUUUAGUGAUAUCAGAAAAGCAAGUUAAAAAAAAUACAACUUCACGGACACAGUGAGUUUUUCAUCUCCUGUGAAACAUUGUCUAAAAUGACAUACAAAGUUUUGAUGUUUCUAAUUUAAUUUUUUCAGUCUCCUAUCACAAAGAAGUGUUUUACUGUGAGGAUGGAACCCUUCAAAAUCUGAAAUGACCAUUCUGGGUUUAAUUAAAAUAAAUGUUUACUGUAAUUUAACAUAGCAAAAUUUAGUUAUUUACAGUACAACGCAAUUGUAUGUUAAAUGUUCGUUCACCAGAGCCAAAUGUAAGAAAAAUAUGGCAGAGUAACUAAAAAGUUCGUAGUUAAAGUAUAACCCCUAUACUUUAAACUAAUAACCAUUUGCAGCAGAAAGC